AUAAACACAUUGUUUUUAUACCAUGUGUUGCAAAAAGAGAAUACAUCUCUCGAGGCAAUUUAUUUUUGCCAAAGCUUCCAAUGAACACAACAUCGCAAUACCGCACAAUGCAUUUGUUCUAAAUUCUGUAGAAAUGAUUUUAUUUCAAUGAAAUAACACAAUAGUAGCACAAAAUAGCGCUCAUGCAAAACAUACAGAAAUACAUUUGCUAAAGAUGGAAAGCAAAUUAACGAGCUACAGCAUUUCUGGAUACCCACUAGUGAUGUGGUCUGUUUUUGGUAUUAGAAGCUGCACUGAAAGUGUCCAUUUGGUCUUGCUGUAUCAUGAAACAUUUUAGUUUUAUGAUUUGAAAGAUGCUUGUGUUUUUCUUGCAGGCAGAGAAAAAGGGGGCAAGUCAGACUGUAAUUGGGCUGAUAUUUGGAUGUUAUGCCUUUUUCAAUUUGUUGGGAUCUUUAAUACUGGGGAGAUAUAUUGUUCAGAUUGGAGCAAAAUUUAUGCUCGUUUCUGGCCUUUUUGUGUCAGGUGUAUGUACAAUUCUUUUUGGCUUGCUCGACAAAGUGGCGGGAAAAACAGAUUUCAUAGUGCUGUGCUUUCUCAUACGGUCUAUAGAUGCUAUAGGCUUUGCUGCUGCUAUGACAUCUUCCUUUGCAAUUAUCGCAAAAGCCUUUCCUAACAAUAUAGCCACUGUUUUGGGUAGUUUGGAAAUUUUUACUGGGCUAGGCCUGGUGCUGGGACCUCCCAUCGGUGGAUUUUUGUAUCAGUCAUUCGGCUACAAGAUUCCUUUUAUCGGUGUGGGGGGUAUUCUCCUAGUGAUGGUGCCAUUUAACAUGUGUGUUUUACCAAACUAUGAUGCAAAUCCCAGCAAAGACUCAUUCUGGAGACUCUUCACUCAUCCAAAAAUUGUUUUAAUCUGCUUCAUACUCUUUUCUGUGAGUUCAGGUCUUGGUUUUUUGGAUCCAACCAUGUCUCUCUUUGUUUUGGAAAAGUUUAAUCUACCUGCUGGUUAUGUGGGACUUGUGUUCCUUGCCGAGGCACUGUCAUAUGCACUGUCAUCACCACUACUGGGGGUUGUUAGUGAUAAACUGCCUUUGGUAAGAAGAUGGCUGAUGGUCAUGGGUGGCCUAGGAACAGCAAUUGCCUUUUGUUUACUAGGUCCUGCUCCUAUUCUGCACAUCAAAAGUCAGCUGUGGUUAUUUGUUCUGAUGCUGAGCAUUAUUGGAUUUUCCCUGGGAAUGACUGGCAUUCCAACAUUCCCGGAGGUCCUUACAUGUGCUUAUGAAAAUGGAUUUGAGGAAGGCCUCAGUACUUUAGGACUGGUGUCAGGAAUGUUUGGAGCAGUGUGGUCUGCUGGUAUGUUCAUUGGCCCCACACUUGGUGGUUUCACAACUCAAAGGCUGAAUUUUCAAUGGGCUGCGGUCAUUCAAGGAGGAAUACCCUUUCUUGCUUCAUUCUUAUUGGGACUUUAUUUAUUCAUGGAGGCAAUAAAGAAGAAAAGGUCUCGUCAAGUAGUUCACGCUAUUGGAGAAAGAACUCCUCUCCUGAACAGCAGCUCAGCUGAAACACAAUGAUGCUUGAAAAGAGAACAUGGUGAAUGAUCAAAACCUACUGCAGAAAAUCUGGGUUAUAACAGAAAUGCAGCAAUGUUUUUUUUUAAUUUAUUUUGAUUUAUUUUUGUUUAAUACACUGAGAACUUGAUGUUAUGCAUUCAACUUAACAUGUUUACGCACUUUUUAUAAAUUAAUGAAACAUUUUUAGGAUGAGAAGAUAUAGUUUAGGCUUGUUCUUUAUGCCACAAAAUACCAUAAUAAAAACGUCACUUUAAUCGA